AUGUCGGGAGGCUUCUUCCGGGGGACGUCGGCCGACCAGGACACCAGAUUCUCCAACAAGCAUGCCAAGCUGCUCAAGACGCAGAAGUUCGCGUCCGAGCUUGACCAUCAGGUGGACAUGUCAAAGGUGAAGAUGGACGUGAUGAAGCCGUGGAUUGCCACACGGGUCACCGAGCUUCUUGGGUUCGAGGACGAAGUGCUUAUCAACUUCAUCUAUGGCCUGCUCGAUGCGAAGGAGGUGGACGGGAAGUACAUACAGAUCCAGCUUACAGGGUUCAUGGAGAAGAACACAAUAAAGUUCAUGAGGGAGCUGUGGAGCCUCCUUCUCAGUGCGCAGCAGAAUGCUAGUGGUGUGCCCCAGCAAUUUUUGGAUGCAAAGGAGGCUGAGAUUCAGCAGAGAAAGCUCCAGCUCUUCCCCAUGGCGAACCAGCAAACCCAUGAGUUGGCAGGAGAAAGCCAACCUAUAUAUGAGGAAGAAGAAAAUCUAUAUGAGGAGCCGAGGAGGAAGAUGAGGGCAUUGAGGACGGCUAGCUCGCGUAGGACAGCUUCGUCGCGGAAGACGGAGUGCUCGCGGACGAUGGCGUGCUCGUGUAUGGUAUUGUCCUCGUGUCUAGUCCCUGGUGGCGUGCUCGCGUCUGAUGAUGGUCGUGGUGAAGAAGGGAGGAGCAAAAGGAUAGAGGAGAGAAGUGCAGACUGUUCUUGUCAUGGGGGAAGCUUUAUCCUUAUAGACAAGUCUCUGAUUCCAUUGUCAUGGCGGAACCUUGGUUCAGAGUGGGAUAAUUUUGGUAGGGCCGUGCUCGAGGCCAUAUUUGGGCUGAGGAUUGCAUUGAGCUCGAGCCGAGCCAAGGCGGAAGAGGCUAGAAUUGCCCAGGAAAUCCAGAAGAAGCGAGAGAAAGAUGGAAGGGACACGGAACUAGAUAAACGCAAAAUGAUGGCCGGGGAUACUGGUAAUUCAAGAUUUCAUGGUGAUUCACUUGGCUCUGCUUUAAACAAUCCCAAUGUCGAUGCUGAGAAAGAAAAGGAACUGGACUUGAAGCAUAGCUCGAGAACAAAGAGCCGAAUGUACUUCUGGAACAUCGAAGACCUAGGAGCACAUCUUUGUCGCCCCGUGGUAGGCAACGGUCUAUUUCUCCAAGGAGGCGCUCUCCAUCCCCUUCCAGGCAAAGAUCAUCACGACGUUCAGCUUCACCUAGACGUUCUGUUUCCCCCCGAAGGCAUUCCCCAAGAAUCGCUCCUUCAAUGUCUAGGCGGAGGUCACCGUAUUCCAGAAGAUCACCUUCAGUACCUAGAUCCCCAUCACCUCGGCGGAGAUUUCCCAUUAGGAGAAGAUCUCCACCAUCUGGGCGACGUAGAUCACCAUCUCCUUAUCGCUGUCGGUCCCCAGCUCGCGCACCUAGGAGAUCACCAUCUCCUGCGCGUCGCAGAUCACCUCCUCGACACAGAUUACCAGCAGAUAGACACCGGAGUAGCAGUCCACACAGCAGGAGUCCAAAUCGUUCACGUAGGAGUUCGAGCAGGGACGCAGAAAAGGGAACAAACGGUGCACCCUCCACUAAAGGCAGGGAUCUGGCUCAAAGGGAAGUCAUUGUCUUACUCCCAGUAUUGCCUCAGGAACCAAGAAAGGAGUGGCCGAGGGUCACCGGAUUUUGAACACCGUAGGCUCACAAAAUCCUUGAGGUCUCCUACUAAUGAUGCAGAAAGAGACUCCACACGUGACAGUCCUUUGAAGGACACUGGGAAACAUAUGCCCAGUCAGGACAGCACAAAUACCAGUGGAGACGAGGAAGAAAGCGGGCGUGCAAGGGAGAAUGCACGGAAGGCCAAUUCAUCACGCAGGAUAUCCAAGGAUUUCUCAGCUGAUCUGCAUCUAAAGGAAGUCAACGUUGACAACUCAGUCCCUGGAGAAAAACCCUCUUCCAGAUCAAGACAGGAUGGCGGGAAGGAUGUCCCCAAGAAAUAUGAUAAUCCGCUAUCAGAUUCAUCAGAAGAUGCACUUGAUGGUAGAAGAAUGAAACGCCAGGGUGAUUCCCCUGAUGAUUCUCGCGUGAAACGGCAGUCCCCUAGUAGAGCUGGCGACUCUUAUCCAAAGGAUGGGAUUAACAAUGAGCGUGCCAAAACGGAUUCACAUGGUGCUUCUUAUGAUGCUAUUGCAGCGAAGAAAUACUCUGGUAAAGUUGAUGAAGCUUCCCAAUCAGAUGGUGGAAGUCCUCUUCAAAAAGCUAAGAAAAGAACAUAUGACAGUAAACACAUUGAUCGUCGCAGUUCGGGCUCAGAAGAAUCUGAGAAACACAGAUCCCAGUCUGAGAAGCGAAGACAUAAAAAGGGUCACAAGCAUAAGAAGCAUUAUGAUGAUAGUUCUGAUUCUGAUUCUGACUCUGAUGAGUCCAAGAAGAGGAGGCGAGAAGAGAAAAAGCUGCGAAAAGAGGAAAGGCGCCUUAGACGUGAAGAACGGCACCGCAGAAGGGCGGACCGUCAUGCCAGUAAACAGAGAUUGAAGUAUGCUGGUUCUCCCCUGUCAGAUCUUGAGAAGGAUCGUCAAUCUGGCUCAGACGCUGAUGUUGGGAAGAAAGGUUCAUACACUCCGAGAGAAGAACCUGACCCAAACAAACUUGAAAUUGAGCUUCGACAGAGGGCCCUUGAAUCUCUUGCAAAGAAAUCAAAGCAUGUUAUUACUCCGUCUUCAGAUGUCGAGAAGGACCGUGAAUCUGAUUCGGAUGCUGAUGUUAGGAAGAGAGUUUCAUAG